CCCACCUCUAAUCAGACGUCAAGCAAUUCUGUCGCGUACGGUCGUUUAUUGUUCGCGCCGCCAGUUCGCGUUAUUUCGUAAGCCGUGGUUACAAGCGUCAAUUUUACAGUGACAUCAGUAAAAUUUAGCUCGUUUUAGUGUUCAGUGAUAUUUAUUAUUUUAAAUAACACAAGAAGAUGUCGUUCAACACCGAUAUUUCGACCAAAUUAGAAAAUAGCAGAAACACUCUGCGAAAAAUUGCCCGGCACGAUGACACGGAGUUCUCAAAACAGAGCAUCCUCAACGACAUGGAGAAGUUCGUCAAAAUGGUCAAUACCAUGGACGAGACCGUGCUAGUACCCAGCCGCCUGAUGAACCUGCCGCAGGAGGGAGACGAUGACCCAUUCAACAUGUUUGCCAUGCUGAAUGACUUGAAGACUGAACUAUUAUGGGCAGGGGAUGCUGAAGAUCAUGUAGAAAGAGGCAGACGGGUAUCUGAUAUCAGCGAUACAGAAAGUGAUGCGUCUAGUGCAGCUGGAGACUCGGGUAUUGACGGCGAAGAGGAGAGGGAGUCAACAGCGCGCGCGGCAGCUGCAUGCCGGAAGCAUCUACGGGGUCUCAGGCGGUCUCUGCGCCACCUGACUGCUGCCGCCGCGCAUCUCACGAGGUCAUAUCAAGAAGAAGUCGGCGCACCGGUGUAGGGUAUAUUUGUUUUCUGUGAUCAACGCCUAUCCCGCACGCGCUGUAUAUAUAGAUUAAGCGGCCCACGAUGUACAUAUAGUUUUAUAGGGCCGACCGUGUAUGGGAAUCUCAGUAAGUUAAAUGCGGUUAUUUAAUAAAUUUAAUUUUCAUUA